AUGUUACUUGUACUUUGUAGUCUUUGUUUUGUGGCUGUUCCUGGGAGUUGGAAGCGCGACUGACAGUACAAUCGUGAACGAAGAGGAGUAGAAUAGAUGUACUAGUAAUAUCUACUCGCUGUGAUACAAUUAUCUAGUUUUCAGACGGACAGGCAGCUCGCAGUGGGUGGUGAGCAGCGAAGUAUCGCAAUAGCAGCUAUUAUUUCGUCAGAGUACACAACAUUUCCGCCAUGUCGUCGUUACUAGUUCGAGACAACAAUGCGCAGAUCUCCAGAGUAACCACUCUCGCGUUGCCAAAGACAUUUCAUCGAGAUUUCGUCGAGGAUAAGCGAUCAGUCUACUGGGAUAAUGGCUUAUCUAAAUCGUGGCCAUGUAAUGAACCGACACAGUCUGUUGCGACGCAGCGCGUAGCAGAACUGUCCAGACACAAAGACCUGAGUCGUCACAAGAUGUACCCAGACAAGCUUAGCGCCGUGAGCGUUGUCAGCAGAGCCGCUCAGGGGGCCGAACCUACGACACGUCUCGAGGCAUUGGCCCAGCCGAAGCAACCCCCCAGGGCAUACGCACCACCUAGAGCGCCCCAAUCAGUGGUCACACGAGGUGCACAGCAGGCUGAAGCAAGCGCCCGGCUAGAGGCGCUGGCCAAGCCAAAGGCACCACGCGAGUCCGCCCUCCGUGAUGGCACCGAGUUUGAGUGGUGCGAGUGGCAAUCUAACGUGACCGACGCGGCCAAGAAGGCCACAGCCUCGGAGCGUGUCGAGGCAUUAGCCGUGCCCAAGCAACCGGUCAAGGACUACAUGGGAUCAAAAUCACCGUUCUGGCAUGCCAACUCGGACGUCAAGAUGUACACGGCUAGCGAACGGCUGGCCACGCUGAGCAACCCAGUCAAGCACCCAACGGUCAACGAGGAGGACAGAAGCGUGUGGAAGGUCCGCGUCGGCGCGAUGCUCGCCGUCCCCUCGGAGCGUGUCGAAGAGCUGGCCAAGCCACUACCGAGAAAGCAGCGCACCAAGAAGUAGGGCUCGAAGGGCGAAGGCGGUGGCGCCCUUCGAGCCUCAGCUUCUGAUGAUGACGGUUACUAGCAUGGCUUGCAAUGGGUAUACCUGAAUACUCUCACAGUCUAGCUUUUCUAGCUCCCACUGUGUUCUAAACAGUUCUAACAGAGCAAGAGGAGUAAGUGGAGUGUGACGUCAAAAAAACAAAAACAAUCUGCUUACAAUUCUGCACCAUAAAACUGUAUUGUCGGGCAGACUUGGAAAUGACUACGUUGUUAGUUUGUUGAGACGUUUGCUGUGUUGACAAACUUCUCUGAUGAUUCACAUUCCGACAUGUCCUUGAGAUCAUUAUGGUAUUGCUGCUAUUGCACUUGUUUCAUGCGCUCAUCCAUUAUAUUGUCAUCUGUUCCUUAUAAUUAUGGUGUUGGCAACACCAGAACACCAGAGUAUUUCUAUAGCUUUAAUAUAGGGCUGUUGUUGCUGAAAUAGUCUAUUGACGAAUGCGAUGGCAUGGUUGCCGAAACCUGG